UCUGUUUGUUCUGCGACCCACUUGCCCAUCCAAUCUGCUGCUGGAGGGGAGGAGAGAAACUGAAGAAUGGAGGAAGGUGGCUUCAGUGAGGGAUCAGACUGACAUCCAGGCUGCCCUGCCUCCAUAGAAAUCUCUCUUUUUUUCUGUGGUGACAGUGGGAGGAGUAAACUAUAAAGAGCUGUUUUAUCAAAGAGAAAAGAAACACCCAUUUUGGCUUAUCCAUAGCAGUUGGUGAACAUCAUGGCAGAGCAGCCAGUGUGUGCAGCUCAGGUAAACAGCUGCCCUAGCAGUCAGAGCAACAGCUGCAGCGGUGGAGGAAGUGUGAGCAGCACCAGUGUCCCGGUACUCUUCUGCUUCUCAGUGUUCGCACGCCCCUCAUCUGUGCCGCACGGUUCCUGUUAUGAGAUUCUGAUCCAGAAGUUCCUUAGCCUGUAUGGAGAUCAGAUAGAUAUGCACCGCAAGUUUGUUGUGCAGCUCUAUGCGGAGGAGUGGGGCCAAUACAUUGACCUGCCCAAGGGCUUUCUUGUCAGUGAAAGGUGCAAAGUCAGACUGGUGCCCCUGCAGAUACAGCUAGCUACCCUUGGGAACCUCACACCUUCAACUACCGUUUUCUUCUGCUGUGACAUGCAAGAGAGGUUUCGGCCAGCAAUAAAGUAUUUUGGAGAUAUAAUUAGUGUAGGACAACGAUUGCUCCAAGGGGCACGGAUCUUAGGAAUACCAGUUAUUGUAACAGAGCAAUAUCCAAAAGGUCUAGGAAGCACUGUGCAAGAACUUGAUCUAACAGGAGUGAAACUUGUUGUCCCAAAGACAAAAUUUUCCAUGGUUUUACCUGAAGUUGAAGCAGCUUUGGCAGAAAUUCCUGGAGUACGCAGUGUUGUUUUAUUUGGAGUAGAGACUCACGUGUGCAUUCAACAAACCGCUUUGGAUUUGGUUGGGAGAGGGGUAGAAGUCCAUAUUGUAGCAGAUGCCUCGUCUUCUAGAAGUAUGAUGGACAGAAUGUUUGCCUUAGAGCGCCUUGCACGGAACGGAGUUAUCAUCACUACAAGUGAAGCUGUACUUCUCCAGUUAGUAGCUGAUAAAGAUCAUCCGAAGUUCAAAGAAAUCCAAAAUAUUAUCAAAGCAAGUGCUCCAGAAUCAGGACUUCUUUCUAAAGUAUAAAUAGAGAGACAGUAGUUGGUUUAAUUUGCCUACAUUUUCUCUAAUAAAAAACAAUAAACGUUAUGCAUGUGUAUGCUUUCCUUUAUAUAGCUGUCCGGAGAUCUUGCUUGCUUUAAUAAUUAGAACAACCAUAAAAUGGUCUAAAGUUGUUGCAAACCCUGCAGUAUAACAUAUAUAUCUCCAGCUAGUCUAUAGCUUAGACAAGGGGCUUAUUUAUGGGUUGUCUUUUAUAAAGGUGUAUACUCAACCCACAUUUAUACAGUACAUUGUUAACAUUUUCCUGUGUUUUAACAUGUUGUACUUUUGUUAAAUGUACUAAACAAAAAAACAACAAAAAAAAGACAUUUUUAUCUAGCAGCAUAAUUUUGAAAAUUCUUAAUAUGUUUUUGAGAUCUUGUUCUGUAAGCAAGAUUUUUCAUACAUCAGCUCUCACUGCCUCCUGACCGAAAGAUUACGGUUUUAAUUUAGAUGCCAGUAUCCGAGUGUAAAAUAUUUCAAUGCUUUGGGUAUUAUAGAAUCUUUGUAACGUAAGAUCUUUUAUUUUAACUUAUAUACAAUGAAUUAAAAUAAUGUGCCUGUGUGUUCUAUACCUCAAUUUGAAAAAUAAAUAUUUGUGAAUUUCAGAGUUUAAUGUGAAAUGUCCAAUUGUGCACUACUUGUAUGUUACCAUUUUGGACCAAUCCUUGCUGAAUUAAAAAAAAAAUCAUUUUUUUCUGUGUCCUGUGUUUUCAUUUUUUUUAUUUAGGUCUUCAAUAAAAUACCAUUUUAUGUCUUUA